AUGAACACUCAACUUCUGCUCCACACUCAUCCCCAACAAAGACUCCCUUCUCUUCUUCCUUCUUCUUCUUCUUCCCUUGUUUUGAUCAGGCCAUUAGUCAAACCAAUUUCCAAACCUCAAUUGGGUCCAAAUUCAAGAACCCAACUUUGCUUUCUUCACAAACGCCACCAUAAGUUGAGGCCCCUCAUCAAAUGCGCUGCAAGCAAUGAAGGUAUUGAUGGCACCAAAAGCUGGGAAAAAUGGGUUCCAAAAGACUUCCUUGUAGCUGAUAAAGUAUUUAGAUGGAUUUCUGAGACAACUUCCAGUCCCAUUGUUCAGUAUAUAUCUUCACCAACUACUUUCUUGCACUCUGUGGAUUCUAGGAUUAAAUUGGCAUGGCUCCUUGUGCUUGUUGUUUUGCCUGCUCGCUCACAUAUUUCUGUGCGCUUUGGAUUAGUCAUUUUCCUAAGUUUGCUAUCCGUGUGGACGCAGCCUAAGCAAGUCUGGAUGGAUCAAUUGGGGCGUGUGACCGUGCUUUCUGGGAUCUUGUUUAUAAUGUUGAGCUUGGCUUCUGACAGUGCCACUUUCCUCAGUUUUACCAGAUAUCCUCCACAACUGGUGACGGGUUUGCCAAAUCCGAAUUCUGUGGAAGCUUAUUCCUAUGCACUCAUGAAGUUUGGACCCUUGAAAAUGACAAGGAAGGGCUUGUCAACAGCUAGUACAUCAGCAUGUUUGACCUUUACAAUCUUCCAAAGUGCAAGCCUCUGCUUAACAAGUACAAGACCAGAACAGCUUGCAUUUGCCCUCCAGUGGUUCAUUCAACCUCUCAAGCAUUUCGGGUUGCCAGUGGCAGAAGUCAUCCUCACUCUCCUGCUGUCUUUAAGGUUCAUCAAUUUGGUAUUUGACGAGGUUCGUAAUGUUGCUUUGGGCAUUGUAUCUCGCAGAAUAAACUGGAAGCUCUUGACCACUAUGGAGACCAUUGAUGUUUUUGUCUCUUAUAUUCGACGUAUAUUCAGAAAUAUCUUCAGCCACUCGGAGCAGAUAUCUCAGGCCAUGAUUGUAAGAGGUUUUCGAGGAGACUGCAAAACACACAGACUCAUUUUGUCAGCCGAUGCAUCUAAUGCAAUCGCCAACAUUUUAUCCUUGCUUUGCCUGAUUGGUCUUGUCGGAACUGCAACAUGGUCUAAGAAUCUCAUCUUAUAA